AUGGGUUUGCCUUCGUCUCUAGAGUCAUACCUUCUUUUGAUCCUCCUCUCUUUUCUCAAUGUCUCCACGAUAUACUCAUCGAAGCCAUCAAAAGAAGAAGCCGUGCUUUUUGGCGGGAACUUUCCGGCUUUUUAUGUUAUUGGAGAUUCACUGGUUGAUCCAGGAAACAAUAACCAUCUUCCGACGAUGAUUAGAGCGAAUUAUCCACCUUAUGGUUCUGACUUUGAAGGAGGCAAAGCUACCGGACGUUUUAGUAAUGGCAAAACAAUUGCUGAUUACAUUGCUAUUUAUUAUAAGCUUCCUUUGGUUCCUGCUUAUUUGGGAUUAUCUGAUGACCGGAAGGACACUAUCUCAACUGGUAUGAACUAUGCUUCUGCUGGCUGUGGGAUUCGUCGUCUCACAGGAAAGAUAGCGGGAAAAUGUCUAUCGUUGAGCAAACAAGUCGAUUUGUUCGAGGAAACCAUUGAAAAGCAUUUGAAGACGAAUUUCAAAACGCCAUAUGAGUUGAGAGAACACUUGGCUCACUCGUUGUUCAUGACCGUGAUUGGGGUUAACGACUAUGCAUUCUUCUAUACUAGGUUAACCGAUGCGAAUGAUUUCGCAGACGAACUUCUUCAUAAGUUCUUGAAAAAAAUAGAGAAAUUGCAUAAGUUAGGAGCAAGAAAGUUCUUCAUCAACAACAUUAAACCAUUAGGUUGUUACCCAAAUAUAGUAGCUAAGACGGUACCACGAGGAAGCCGACGAACGUAUAAACCUUGCUAUAAGCAUUUACAACGAAAAGCUUAGAAGAAGCCUGCCUGUUAUGAAGAAAAAAUUAAACAACACUUCUUUUUUAUACUCUGAUUACUUCAAGUUCAUGUUGGGACUAAGAGGACCUUCGACCAAUCGAUAUAGUUCGAAUCUAUUGAACACGACAGGCCCGUGUUGUCCUUUAGAUUAUGAUGGAAGUUUAACUUCAAGUUGCAAGCGCAGGUCAAAAACGUGUAAAGCACCAGAUUCUACUCAUAUUUUCUUUGAUCCGCGUCAUCCGACUCAGUUGGCGAAUUUCAUGUACUCCAUUGCGUGUUUCGACGAGAGAACUAUUUGCCAUGUCGUGUGAUUUAAAUUUAACACCAAUUUAGUUGUUGUUUAUUUCUUUCCGCAUGACUUCUUUUGAACACUUUUCUACCAAGUCUUGC